AUGCAGAUCACGCACUUCAUCGCCGCCGCGGGAGUUCUCCCCGCCAUCGUCUCUGCCAAGGCGGCUCUCUCACGCCGCGCUGUAGACUGUGCCUUCUCCACGGCCGCCAGCAAAGGCGACACAUGCUCAACUUUUGCGAGCAGCUGGGGGUUGUCCGUCGAUGAGCUCCAGAAUCUGAACCCCGGCAUCACCUGUCCCACCCUCGACACCAGCAACUCGUACUGUGUGAUCGGCACCAUCACUGACGACCCGGAGCCGACGACCACGACUGCCCAGAGCACCACCCUCGUGACAUCGACUACCUCCAAAGCGCCAACCACCACCACCACCACCACCACCGCCGCUGCUGCCCCAAGCAACUCCCCCGCCAUGCCGGGCCUCGCAGCCAACUGCGAUGGUUUCUACAAAGUCUCCUCUGGUGACUCCUGCGACGCCAUCGCAUCCAAGUACAGCAUCAGCACGGCCCAGUUCAAGAGUUGGAACACCGAGGUCAACGCUGACUGCACGAAUCUCUGGCUCGACUACUACGUCUGUGUUCACGUGCCCGGCGCGGCCACCACGACGCAGGCUCCCACUCAGCCGACGACUCCGCCCUCCACCGGCCCCACGCCCCAGAUGCCCGGCAUCGUCUCCAACUGCAAGAAGUAUUACCAAGUCAAUUCCGGUGACAGCUGCUGGUCCAUCUACAGCGGCGCGGGCAUCACGUUUGAGCAGUUCCUCUCGUACAACACGCAAGUUGACUCGACCUGCAGCAACUUGUGGCUGGGUUACUACGUCUGCACUGGCGUCUAG